AUGUAUGAACAAUUAUACUGCAAUGGUACAUUUGAUGGAUACACUUGUUGGAACUAUACCAAAGCAGGGACAAAGACCUAUGGAUACUGUCCGUUGUUUAUGGUGGAGAAAUUUGGCCAACAACCAGGACAACCGUUUAAGGAAUGUAAUACAGAUGGUACAUGGUAUAAACAUCCUAAUACUCAAAGGUCAUGGACAAACUACGCUCCAUGCUCUGAUACUAUGAAAGUACAGAGAGCCAAUAAUGUGUUAUAUGCUUACUUCAGUGGAUAUGGUGUGUCCAUUGUGGUUUUGAUUGUAGCCUUGUUAAUAUUAGCUUAUUUCAGACAGUUGAAAUGCACACGAAUAACUAUACACAAACAUCUAUUUGUAUCGUAUAUUCUAACAGCUGUAUUUUGGAUAACAUACUACGCUAGUACUUCAUUUGAUCCUCAUGUCGUCGCAGAUAACCCGGUAUGGUGCCGAAUACUGCAUGUACUUUCACAAUAUGUAACAGUUUGUAACUAUGCUUGGAUGUUUUGCGAAGGAUUUUAUCUUCAUACUGUACUUGUACUGACUUUUACAAACGAGAAGACAUUGCUAAAAAUAUGUUACGUAGUUGGAUGGGGCAUCCCAGUCGUACCUUCUGCUGUUUAUACAGUGUUACGUUCAACAAACGAAGAUGUUAAUAAUAGCUGUUGGCAUGAUGAUACAAUCUUGAUAUGGACAUUUUCAGGACCGAUUGCUCUGUCACUUUUAAUAAAUGUUAUUUUCCUAAUGAAUAUAAUACGCAUUCUUUGUUCAAAAGUAAAUGCUAAUAGACCGCAAUCAUUGCAAUCUUUAAGGCAAUCUCUAAAAGCAACCUGUAUUUUGAUACCUUUGUUAGGCAUUCAGUACAUUGCUUUACCAUUCCGUCCAAACGACGGAAACGAACAUGGCAAAUAUGUGUAUGAUAUGGCGUCAGCGUGUCUUUCUUCAUUUCAGGGUUUUCUUGUAUCUCUUCUUUUCUGUUUCUUGAAUGGAGAAGUUUUGAGUUUGCUUAAAUCACAGAUUAAAAUGCUGCAGCGAUGUGUGAGUUAUACAGAGACUUUACCGAGUUACAUGUAUGCAUCGGUUUACCGAUCUGAAGGCGGAAAACACAUCACUGACACAGAGCUCAAGGAACAUAUAAUAGAAGAUAAACAGGUCGAAGUUGACUUUUCUUUGGCAUAAUUGUAGCCAUUACUUUACACUGUUGUGCUGGAUCGUCGUGUUUAAAUUAUUUAUCUAUUAAUAAAAUAUUGUUACAUAUGACCAUGCGUAAGUACAUAUGCAUAAAUAUUUGUUUAUAU